AUGGUCUUCAACUGGUUCAAGUCUUCCAAGGAGGAGUCCUCCGCUACCCAACAACCCUCCUGGGACGCCAACACCAUGACCAUGCAGCAGCCUUCUAGCCCCGAGGCUCCUUCUACUGAGCGCGUUGUUACGCAGCAGCCUAACACCCAGGAAGAAAUGAAGAUGGGUCUGCGUGGUGGUGGUGCCGGUGAUGUGUGCUGCGGAGUUUGCGCCGGUCUUCUCUGCUUCGAGUGCUGCGAGGAGUGCUGCUAA